CUAGCGCAACAGCCGCAUGCAUUAGACGCUUCGCUGAGAGGCUGCCAAACCUGGCACCCGGUUGGUAACAAGCGCAUAGGCGUAAUCCGUCUCUUGCCACAAAUAUAUCACGUCAUGAGGUCAUUUACUGUUCUCCUAACAGUGCUGAGCGCGUUGCUGGCCGGUACCCACGCCGUGCCUCACAAGCGGGGGCUUCCACCGCCGUUACUGCGAACCCGGCUGCCGCCCCCGUCUGCAGCGCGACAGCGCUCGCCGCCACCCUUGCCUGCUUCACAACGGCCACCUCGGCCUCUCAGGUCUCCUUCUCCUCCACCCAGGCCUUCACCGCCCCCUGUGUCCCGCUGGAAACAGCUGUCCAUCACCGUUCAAGCUCAAGUCUCAUUGUCCGCAUAUGAUGAACGCUUAUCCGCCGGCCUCUUCCGCCGCGGUUCCGUCGGCACGAUCCUCCGCCUAGUGCCCACGAUGCUGAGCAGCGACCCAACCAACGACAUCACAGUCGGGUCCGCCAGCCUGCGGGUGCAGCUGCCAGAGGAGGUCGGGCGCGGCCAGACCGCGCUGCUGACUGGUGACAUAGUUGAGGCCACUCUUGUGAUUACAGUUCCGGAGGCAUUGGCGCAGAAGCUUAGCAGCCUGCUGCUGAUCAACGCGACUUCGCACGCGUCAGAGGCAGUGGACAUCCAUGACCUGCUGACGGCACUGACCAAGGCCAAUGAGGGGAAGCCGCAGCCGCUGCUGCCGCCGCUCAUCGAAAGCAACCAGACAGUGCCGCAAAUCCCACUGGUGACGAGGAUCGCGCGGGUGAUGGCCGCCACUGCCAAGGGCGGCUGCAAGUGCCUGAUUCCGCUGCCUGGAAAGGGGCCCCUCAACGUUUCCUCGCUCACCUUCCUAUUCAACACCCCUGCUUGCGGCCACGACGCCGGCUUCAACUCCAGUGCGGAUGGGCCCGCCCUCAUGCGGGCCGUGGCAAACUACAUGGGCGUGUGUUCGUACAGUCACGUGGGCGCCUUCCCCGAUCGUAACCUGGUCCUGGGACCCAUCGAUGUCGCCAACUGCAGCGACGCACAGCCCACCAUGGGGCAGUACGACUUGACGCACGGCAUAGACCUGGAUGCGAAGCUGUACGGCAUGUGGGACCUGGCCAAGGAGUGGAUGAGGAAGAACCACCCCGACCUGUAUGCUGAGCGGCUCCGGUUCGACCGCAAGACGCUCAUGAUUGCUCCGGGUGACGGCGUGUUCAGCCUGUCCAACAUGGGCUGCCCCGGCAACCCCAAUGUUGAUGGCGUGGUAUCUGACUGCCUCAACUGGGUGUCCCCUUCGGAGCCGUCCUCACCCGUGGCAGACGCUGCGGCACUGAUCCGCUCGCACCUCAUAAACAGUGGGUACAUCUCCCCCGGCGCGUCCCGACUGGUCUGCGACGACGGCCCCGGCGACGGUAGCAGCAGCAGCAGCAACUGCCGUACACAGCUUCUGGGAGACCCAUCAGACCCCAUGGGUGCCGCGGAGCCCGUGAAUGCGGCGGGCGGCGUGGUGUGCCCGGCCGCGCCGCAGUCGUACACAAGUGGCUGGGCCCGGCCCCUGCGGCAGCUGCAGGCCGAUGAUGUUCAGUUGGGCCUGGGUUUCACAGAGUACGAAGUGCCAUCCAUGCACACCGCUGAGGCAAACUUCCUGCGUGUUUCUAUUGACCAGGCCGGUGUGGGCUCAGCAGCCGGCAACAGGUUAUGGCCGGAGCGAGCAGUCUUCUUGUCCUAUCGCGUGGCGUCUCAGACGCCGGGCGGCUACGACUCGGGUCUGCCAGCCAACCUGAGCGGCCGCGUGUGGGUGCACGAGUACAACCAGACCGCCAACGGCCUUCCUGUGGACCCCAACGCGCCGCCGGUGCUUCUGGCGUCACUGGAGGUGGAGGGGGCCGCGCUGGUCCUGCCGAAUGCCUUUGGCGCGGGCGAUUCGCUCCACAUCCGGUUUGUGAGGAGGUCGGACACGGCCGCCGCGGUGGGGCUUUGCCGCACCACGGUCCGCGUCGAGGGCUCCCCAGACAACCUCGAGACGUGCUUCAACGGAUAUGAUGACGAUUGGUGAGCGGUUGAGUGCAACGGUGCUUUUGUUGUUGAGGCUGACGCAGAAUACGGUACCGCACGACUACUUGCACUGGCAGCCGCCAACAGCAACAGCCAACGCGUAGUCAUAGCUGGCAAGAGACGGGAAGAACAUGCAGACCAGUGACCACCGUUUCGGCCCC